AUGCAGUAUCAGGCAAUCAUUCACAGUUUCGGAGCGGCCGAGGACGUGGUGGAUUUACAACUGGCAGAGCUGCCGGCGCUUGCCCGUGAUAAAGUGAGACUACGUAUACUCGCUCGACCCAUUAACCCCUCGGACAUCGUCACAAUUUCUGGUGCCUAUAGUGGCCGCACAACACUACCAUUUGUUCCCGGUUUCGAGGCAGUUGGGGUUGUUGAGGAGUGUGGCGAUGACGUCCUUAGUCUGCCGCAAGGAACGAGAGUAGUACCACUGCGUAGUGCUGGAGCAUGGCAGCAAUUCGUGGACGCGGAUCCAGACUGGUGUCUGCACGUGCCAGACAACUUGUCCGACUUUUCUGCCGCAACUAGCUACAUCAAUCCAAUGACGGCGUGGCUGAUGCUGCACGACAAGAUCGGCGUAAAGCCGGGAAUGCGAAUCGCAGUCACUGCGGCAGCGUCUUCAAUCGGGCUAAUGCUUAUAGCAAUCGCGAAUGCGGCAGGCGUUCGACCCGUAGCAAUUGUUCGCUCUGAGAGCUCGCGUAAUAUUCUUCGUGGUCAGCUCGAGGCUGUGAUUCUGGCUGUCGAUGAUGUCGAGUUGGCUUCACGAUUAGCGCAGGUCGGUCAUCUCGAUGCCAUUCUCGAUUGUGUCGGCGGUGAACAAGCGCUGGUGCUUGGAUCAGCUCUUCGAGUUGGUGGUCACUUUGUUCAUUAUGGGCUACUGUCUGAAAGGACUAUUCCAGGGUCAUUCUGGAUAACGAAUCCCCAAGUAAACUUUUCACAUUUCCACCUCAGGGAAUGGGUUUACUCUCAGGAUAUCAAAGCUGUGCAGAGUAAAUACUCGCUUGUUGCAUCGAAUAUCACCUCUGGGGUUAUCAGCACCAGUAUUCGCCAAGUCUUUCCGCUGAGGGAUAUACGGAAGGUGCUGGAAGCUGCAGUUCCUUUCAAGGCUGGUGGCAAGGUUCUUGUUAUAUAA